AUGCGGAAAGAGAACUCACCACUGUGGGAGCCGACGGUCCGAUCGUGCGGCGAUGACGACAUGUGACAAGGGAAACAAGCGCGCGAGUGACGGUGGAACCUAAUGGUCUGCGUCACUGUUAGGGCCGUACAUUCCGGAUUGUGUCGUCUGCUGACAGUUUACGCGCCUCAAGUGUGGCACCGCAAUGAAAAUGUCUGCACAAUGUCUCAUUGGAAUGUCCCCUGCAUAUUUUGUUACUCAACCAAUCAAAUUGGCCUAAGUCGAACAAAAGGACCAAUCUAAUUGGCUUAACUCGAACAAAAGGACCAAUCAUCACCACUUCAACAGCUGCACCUAACGCCUCAUUAAGUUUCAACAAAAUUUUAAAUUCUAAUCAGCUUUCGUUCUGAUUUAAUGACACGAUUAGCAGCAACAGCGCUGCCUACGAAAACACAACAUAUGCUUAUUGAGUUCAAAUUAUCCCUUUAGGGAACUGGAAAUUUCGAGCGGAUAAUUUUAUAUACUGAUCUGGAAAAUUUAUUCUGGGGAAUCCUGUUUUUUUUUCUUCAACAACUGUUUUAGUUUUUCUGGUAAUUAGUAUAAUUGGUGUGUUCAGAAGUUUUUUGUAAGUUGUCACGUCUGAAAUAAAAAAAAAACAACAAAAAAAAAACAAAGACAAGUUGUCAUCCAGACUAAGAAAAAGAAAAAAAAUCUGGUGAAUUGUACAAAUAAUUUUCCCCAUUUUGAGCGAGGCGUCAGAAACUCGUGACAGCUUGUAUUAAGGUGGAUCUGUCGGCCUGUCUGCACCGUGGGCCGCUAAUCAAUGGACUAAAACACCCAGACUUCCGGCUUUUCUUGGAGGAGAUAUUCCCACUUCAACGCUGCACCAUCCAGUUUUUUUCUCUCUUCUGUAACAGCAGACGUCGGGUUGAUGCUAGAAAUAGAAUCACGCAUGUUGAACUUGACAGACGCGGCCGACACUAUGGGGCACAACGACAGCUACUCCUGCAAGCAGAUAGAGCUGGGCGGGGCAGAGGAUAUGUUCAGCUCCAUCUACCCGCCCCGCCCCGUGAACGCCGUCAUCACCAUGUUGGCCUGCUUCAGCGUGCUGGGGUUGAUCGGGAAUUCCCUGGUGCUCUACGUCUACGUCAGGAAGCGGAACAAACUCUCCUCCACCGUCUUCAUCAUCGCCCUAGCCGCCACGGACCUCGUCACGUCCGCAGUCAGCAUGCCUUACACCAUGGUCGUCGAGAGCCUCAACUACACCGUCUCGCUUGACUUCUCCUGUAAGCUGUACUACUUCUUCAUCACCUGCACGGUUCCGUUCUCCGUCUUCAUCAUGGUUGCCAUAGCAAUAGACAGGUACAUCUGCAUCUGCCGGCCCCAUUCCCACGUCCUGGACUCGGUACGAGCGAGAAACUGCGUCAUUUGUUUACUAUUUCUGGCGAUAAUCAUGGGAAUCGUGACGGCCAUGUCUAUGGGUGUUUACGUGGAUAUGGAUACGUUGCGAACCCCAACGAUAAAAAACAUGAUCAAAAACAACUUCGCGGAGGAGAAUUUCACAACCUUGCUGAAGAGGAUUGAAGAUGAAUCCUGUCCGGAAUGCGUGAAUACUUCCUUCAUAGAUGAAGACACCAUGUCGCGUUUAGUCGCCAAUUUAGUCGCGCUGCAUUUAAAAGUCUGCAGCCGUGUGAUGCCGACUAACGAGACGUUCGUCUACACCGGGAAGUGCAUGCCCAACCAGAUGUACGUCUCCGAACACUUCCGGCGGCAGUACCAGACGUUCUACUCCUCCAGUUUCCUCGUCUGCUUCUUCGUCGUCUUCGUCUUGUAUAUUUUAAUCUACCGCUCCGUCUUGGUACGGCGCUCGCGUCGUUUAGCCGCCAGAACCAAGACGACGAUAACACACACACAAGACGUGUCCUUGACCGAAAACCAGAGCAUGCUGAACGACUCGCCCGACAAGAGCAUCGCGUUAGCUGAGAUCACAAACGGCAAGAAAGACGCGGGAUCUCAGAAAAAACGCCCCCAGCCUCAAUCCCAGAACCAGUCUCUGCUCCAGAAAGACCAAGCCCAACACGAUAUCGAAGAAGGCGCGCAGACAGCGGCGGAGAACGGAUGUCUCCGGGAUAAAUACUUUCUCGCCAAUUUCAGAACCGCGGUCAUGUUGUUUGUGGUGACGAUUUUUUUCGUCAUCGCUUAUCUCCCUUCGUGGUUGAUCGCCUACAAGGUGCUGAAGUUCAACGUGCUGGUGUUUUACGUCUACUUCAGCAACCACAUCGUCAACCCCAUCAUCUACGCCUUCAUGAACCCCGCCUUUAGGAGAUCGUUAAAGGGGUUGCUGUGUAGGAAGCGGGGGAGGGGAAUGUGAACGGUUGACGCCAUGGCCUUGUACUAAAAUAUCUUCUGAUCCUAGCCGCAAAAUAGAUUUAAGUGUGAUUCGAAGUUCAGAGAAGUUCGAAAAAUAAAUCGCAGAAUCAAACACUCAACCGAUGAUCCAAAAAAUGAAUCCGAGAUUCAAUCCUUCAGCGCAUGUUCGAAGAGUGAAUCCUAGAUUCAAUCAGUAAACCGAUGAUCGAACUAUGAAUGCAAGAUCAUUUAGCGCGUGUUCGAACAAUGAAUCCAAGAUAUUUCAU